AAUAAUUAAGUGACGGAGCGACAUCCGUCUAUUGACGGAAGAGUUGGCGUCAAGGGAGCGGAUCCCCGAUAAAUCGUAGGAGCAAGCUGUAGCUAUGGCGGAGGACUGGCAGAGGAACGGCGGAUUUGAUAUGAUUUUCACGCUUCGCAGGGGACAAGAAACGGAAAAGAAAAAGAUAAAUUUGUGUUUUUUCUUUUGCUUUAAGUGGAAACGACUCCCGAGGCAGAUUGUUGAGGAAGAAGAAGACUCCAGGAAAAACAUAUAUGCACAGCUUUUGUCGGUGUUGUUAUACAACGGAAAAUUUCAUCAUUUCUUCUGCAGAUUUGAGCCGCUCCUGCAUCUUUUUGGCUCAGAAGCGGUUGUUACAGUUUUGCAUUGUCUGUGGGGGUAUUCUUUGCUUAUUUUGAAUAGAAAUAAUGUUGACCUGCAUUGCGUGUUCCAAGCGCUUCGAUGAUUCUCUCCAUGAAAACCACCAGCUGGAUGGCUCGAAUACACCGAGGUCGCCUGCUUCGAAAGAAGCCAUCAAGAAUCUCACUUCUCAGAUCAAAGACAUGGCGUUGAAAUUCUCGGGAGCAUACAGGCACUGUAAACCGUGCGCCACGUCAAGCGUUUAUCGUAAGGGAGUGCCACAGCAUUCUCUGGAGGUGGACGAUGCAUCAGAAGGAACGCAAUAUGGCUACCGCGUCACAGGAAGCUCCAGUUCUACCCCUGCCUGGAACUUCUCCAGAGAUCACGUCCUCGGCGAAUACAGAUUUCGAACCGCUAAUUCCAGCGCCGAAGGCACCCCUAGGUUCGAAUCCCCGGCCGCACGCCGCCGCGAAAACAGUAGUCGUGCCGAAGCCGUCUCCAUGGAAGAGGAAGAGGAGAACAAAGAAUGGAUUGCGCAGGUCGAACCGGGGGUUCUCAUCACUCUGAUUUCUUUACCAGAGGGCGGAAACGACCUCAAACGUAUCCGCUUCAGCCGGGAGAUGUUCAACAAGUGGCAAGCGCAGCGAUGGUGGUCGGAAAAUUACGACAAGGUUAUGGAGCUGUACAACGUCCAGCGAUUCAACCGACAGACCGUGUAUCUUCCCACGGGAGAAGAGGAAGAGAGGGCUCAUGCGGAGGAGAGUCCGGUGACGCCGCCGCUGCACAAUGAGCGUUUACCUCGCAACUUCUACAGGCAGUGCAAUGCAGCAGGGCAGGGCGUGGGUUACUCUUCUUCUGACUCAAUGGACCAGCACAGCAGUUUGGCCGCCACGCCAAAUCUCUCCAGCAAAGCGGGAAGCUCGUCCAUGGACGCGGAUCGAUCCGACGACCUCUCGGUUUCUGCAAGCAACGUAAGUGACCAGGAGAUGGAGUGGGUGGAGGAGGACGAACCAGGCGUGUACAUCACCAUUAGGUCUCUGCCUGAUGGCGCCAGGGAGCUAAGGCGCGUCAGAUUUAGCCGCGAAAAAUUUGGAGAGGCACAGGCAAGAUUGUGGUGGGAAGAAAACCGGUCUAGAAUUCAUCAACAGUACCUGUAAAGCAAGGUUAAGUUUGAUUGGGACUUGGGAGAUAUCAGAUAGACGUGUAUUUCUAUGCAUUUAUUUAAGCAGGUGUAGAUUGUAAUGGAGUGUAUUAUAGUUUAGUGUCCGUAUAGCAAAUCCUUGCUUGUCAGCAGGGGAUCCACAUGCUGGUCGAACAGUCUGUGGGCACUGGGCCUCCCAACUACCAUUCUGGGACGAAAUUCAACGUUGUCUAUACCAUAUACGUCGACUACAAAGCUUCCAGUCCUACUUGAGUGUAUGUUUCUUGUCACGUAACUUUUAUUGAGAUCUAUUGGUUUUGUAGAAGUUAUAUAAAGUUUUGUUUUA